CAUAAUUAUUAGAAUAACUUCUAGUGUUUAUGUUGAUCCAGAAUGUGUGCAUUUUUAGUAUUUUACUUAAUGAUAUACUGUAUACAUGAUUAUAGUGCAUUGCGUACAUUUUAUUACAUAUGUGUUUUUUACCAAAAGGUUAAAGACAGUGUUCAAAAGAACAUAUCACAUUGACGGCCUUGGCUUACGGUAGAACAUGUCUCCAUACAAUGUUGAUGAACUUACAUAUAUUUAACUUCAUUUACGUGACAUUUGACAUAAUGAUGAUGAGAUACAUGUAGUUUGAAGGAGAUGAUCCUUUGCUUUGCCUACAUGUCAAAAAGCGUUCGAAAACUCAGACAUUAUUAAUAACGUGUAAUCCUUGAUCAAUAACCGAAGAUAAGACUUGAAUAGUAUAAAUAGUUGUCUGGUCGGAUUUUUUUCACGAGGUGCAAUUAUUGUAUGGCAGCACCAUCAUGAAGUACUUAGGACUUUUGUUACUCGUGGCUUAUGUCGCAGCAGGUGAUAAAUGUAAUUGUCAAUUUUCUUUCCCGGGAGGAUCUUAUGCCGGUUCCAGCGGGGUCAAUACUAGGUUAGAUGCCCAAACGCUACGUCUUGGAAGGCUUGAACAAACAAUUGGAAACCUUGAAAAGAAAUUCUCCUCAUCUGACUCAGAAUAUGCAGAAGCUGUUGAGACUCUAGACUACCUAAACGAUCAGGUUGAAUCGAUCAGACCCAAGAAGUGCCCUGAAGGAGAGGUUGAGUGCUUGGACAACGGGGAUUGUGUUGACCAGUUGCUGGUCUGCGAUGGAGUCAAAGAUUGCUUCGACAAUUCUGAUGAACAAGAACGUGUUUGUACUCUACCAAUCACAGUAGGAGAUGAAUUCAAAGGACAAUUACUUAGUGGAAACGAGUGUCUAGAUGGAGGAUUCAAGUCCGAUGUAACCGUUUCGAUAACAUCUAUUACCAAACUCCCAUGGUUCCCACAAAGACCCAAGAUCGGCGGACGAGUAGUAUAUCGUUACUCCGACGGUGGAACUGAGACUGCUGGCUCCUUCAAAGUAAGCGGCUACUAUAACGCUGCUGUUGCCACCCUUAGCCUUUCCGCCACUGACGCCAGUGACGACAUUGGCUUAUCUGCUAAAUUUGGAGCAUACAACAACAACAAAGCAGUAGCAACCCUAAAUAAGAUUCAAAAAUCCGGAAACCGAAGAUACGAAGCAAUGCUAUGACACUACAAAGAGACUUUAAUUGAUAUUUCAUAAAUACAUUUUGUAAAUAACAUGAACACUAUAUAAAGGAAUCUCAAUAACCAACUUCUGUCACAUCAAAGUGGUUUGUAGAUAAAUUAUGUACAUAAAAUACAGUGCAC